AUGGCAUCUUCCGUCUUACCCGUCGCCUUGCAGAAUAAACUGCUUGGCUAUGGCAGAGCCCCCAGCGCCCAGCUGGCAAUCUUGAAUCUUGACCUCCUUCGAAAUAUCGUGUUUAUCUUAUUCUUAUUCCGCUACGUUCGAAAGACAUAUUAUUCUCUUCGGGGCUACGGCCUCGUCGGCAGCGCCCGCAAUGUUUUACUAGCGAUUCGCUUAUUCUUCUAUACCGUCUUCCUCCGAUUCCCCGGUGUUCGUGGACAGGUCGACAAGCAGGUCUCGACGGCGAUUGAGGGCCUGGAAACGAAGCUUGUCGCAAGCGGACCCGGGGUCACACGGUACCUUACACUUCCCAAAGAAGGAUGGACUGCCGAACAGGUUCGUGCUGAGCUCGAUAAGCUCGUGAACAUGGAACAUACUAGGUGGGAGGAUGGUCGAGUUAGUGGUGCUGUGUACCAUGGUGGAAAGGACCUGCUCAAGGUUCAGGCUGAGGCCUUUGAACAGUUUGGUGUCGCCAACCCUAUCCAUCCUGACGUUUUCCCUGGUGUUCGCAAGAUGGAGGCGGAGGUUGUCGCGAUGGUCCUCUCAAUGUUUCACGGCCCUUCAGAUGGCGCCGGUGUCACGACCAGUGGUGGCACCGAGUCAAUUCUCAUGGCUUGCUUGGCAGCACGCAAUAAGGGGCGCGCUGAAAGAGCCAUCACGGAACCCGAGAUGAUUAUUCCGGAUACUGCUCAUGCCGCAUUCAUCAAGGCCUCGAAUUACUUUGGUAUCAAGCUGCACCGCGUCCCCUGCCCUGCUCCAGAACACAAGGUGGAUAUUGCUGCCGUGCGUCGACUAAUCAACCCCAACACUGUCCUCCUUGUUGGCUCGGCACCCAACUUCCCGCACGGUAUCGUCGAUGAUAUCCCGGCUCUAUCACGGCUCGCGACCUUUUACAAGAUUCCCCUCCACGUUGACUGCUGCUUGGGCUCGUUUGUCAUCGCGCACCUGAAGAAGGCCGGUUUCCCAUCGCCUUACGAAGAGGAGGGUGGCUUCGACUUUGCUCAACCAGGCGUCACCAGCAUCAGUGUCGACACACAUAAGUAUGGAUUUGCGCCCAAGGGUAAUUCGGUUCUUUUGUACCGAAACAAGGCCUACCGCAGUCAUCAGUAUUUCAUAUACCCCGACUGGUCUGGCGGUGUCUAUGCUUCCCCAUCGGUUGCUGGGUCACGCCCCGGUGCGUUGAUCGCUGGAUGCUGGGCCAGUCUCAUGAGUGUAGGUGAGAAUGGAUAUAUCAAGAGCUGCCUUGAUAUUGUCAAUGCGGCGAAGAAGUUUGAGUCGGCCAUCAACGAGGAUUCGCGCUUAUCGGGAAACCUUCAGAUCGUAGGUCAACCUAUGGUCAGUGUCAUAGCUUUCGAAAGCAAGAACGACGCCGUCGAUAUCUACGACAUUGCAGAUGAUCUGUCUGCAAAAGGUUGGCAUCUCAAUGCCCUGCAAUCACCACCCGCUAUGCAUGUUGCCUUCACCAUUCCCACGGCUGCUGCUGUCGACGCACUCAUCUCGGACGUUGCUGAGGUCGUUGAGAAGGAACUGGUGAAAGCAGAAGAACGUAAACGACAAGGAAAAGCAUAUGUCAUCAAGCGUGGCGAUACAUCUGCUCUCUACGGCGUGGCCGGAAGCAUACCCGAUAAGAGCAUCGUCAGCCGCCUUGCGGAAGGGUUCCUCGACACUUUAUACAAAGCUUAG